AUGAAUCCAGUGACCACUGUGUCUGCGAAUUCUAUGAAUGUGUUGGUGGGAUGGGUGGAGCUUCAGAGUGUUUCUAACCUGCAUGUGUGUUCACAGGGGGCCAUGGUGUUGAUGAACAGUCUGUGUAAUAAAGUGAUCCGGCCCAUUGAUGGUUCCUGCUGCCAGAACACGCCCCCGCUCACUUUUCUGCAGAAGAUGUUGCUGUGUGUGUUUGUAGUCACGACUCUAGUUUUUCUGCUGUUGAACUUUCUGAGGAAAUUACCCCAUCAGCGACCCAUGGUCCCUGACCUGGAGAGUUUAGAGGAGAAGAAGCCAGGGGCCGAGGCAGUGUGUGGGGCCCUGUGCAGAAUGGGACUCAUCAUGGUCUACUUCUACCUGUGUGACAGAGCAGAUGUGUUUAUGAAGGAACAGAAAUCCUACAGUCACUCUGCCUUCUUCGUCCCUUUGAUCAUUGUCUUUGUGCUGGGAUUGUUCUGCAGUGAGAGCACCAAAGAGAGCCGUGUGCUGAACAGGGAGCAGACAGAUGAGUGGAAGGGCUGGAUGCAGUUGGUCAUUCUCAUCUAUCAUAUUUCAGGAGCCAGUGCUUUCAUUCCAGUUUACAUGCAUGUGCGUGUGCUGGUGGCAGCCUAUCUCUUCCAAACAGGUUAUGGACACUUCUCCUUCUUCUGGCUCAAAGGGGACUUUGGCCUGUACAGAGUGUGCCAGGUGCUAUUCCGCCUCAACUUCCUGGUGCUGGUGUUGUGUGCGGUGAUGGACAGGCCGUACCAGUUCUAUUACUUCGUUCCUCUGGUGACGUUCUGGUUUAUGAUCAUCUACAUUGUUCUGGCCAUGUGGCCUCAGAUUGUGCAGAAGAAAGUCAGCAUCAGUGCCCUGUGGUACUUGGGAAUCCUGCUCAAGUUAGUGGGCCUCGUGCUGCUCAUUUGCCUCUUUGCCUAUUCACAGGGCGUGUUUGAGAUCACUUUCACAUCGUGGCCACUUUCGAAGUUGUUUGAACUCAAUGGCAACAUCCAGGAGUGGUGGUUCCGCUGGAGACUGGAUCGGUUUGCCGUGGUACAUGGGAUGGUGUUUGCUUUCCUCUAUCUGCUCCUUCAGAAGAAACAGGUGCUGUCGGAGACCAGAGGAGAAGCUCUGUUCUCAGCUAAAGUCUCCCUGCCCCUGCUGCUCCUGUCUGGACUCUGUUUCAUUACAUACUCAGUCUGGGCCAGCAACUGCCAAACCAAAGAGCAGUGCAACGAGAUUCACCCCUACAUGUCUGUGCUUCCGAUUCUGGCCUUCAUCCUCAUCAGGAACAUUCCUGGCUUUGCUCGCUCUGUCUACAGCUCCUUUUUUGCCUGGUUUGGGCAAAUCUCUUUGGAGCUGUUCAUCUGUCAGUACCACAUCUUUCUGGCAGCAGACACCAAGGGCAUCUUAGUGCUCAUCCCGAGAAACCCGUCCCUCAACAUCCUGGUCAGUAGCUUCAUCUUUGUGUGUGUGGCUCAUGAGAUCUCCCUCAUCACCAAACUCCUGGUCCAACUGUUCUGAAAUAGGCUGGGGGCUUCUUCAGUUUUAUUUCAUUGAUAAAGUAUAAAAAUUAAACCAUAUGUUCAGUACCUGCACAGGGACUGCAGAUACAAAGUAGCUUGUAGCUAAAUCUGGCCCAGUGCAGCUUUUCUUUUUGAAAUUAAUGUUUUCUAUGUGCUGUUGUUGUUUUAAAUACAAAGUAAAAGGAAUGAAUAAAAAUGAGCAGAAAGAUGUUAUCUGCCCCCUUUUACAAACAAUAUUUUAACACUGAUGGUUACUUUAAAGGACCCAUAUUACUCUAUUUUCUGAUCUACGUAAUAAUGUUUCCUCAUCACAAUCAGACCUGGAGUUGUGUUUUGUUUCAUUCACACGUUUAACACACAAACCUGCAUAUUUAUGCUGCGUUCUUCUCUCAAACUCAAAACAAUCUGUUCCACCUUGUGAUGUCCUCCUACAGGAUGUGACCCAUUGUGUCUUUUAA